GAUCGCAAUUGUACCGGUUACGCGGUUCAACGAUACCUCCGUCCGGGUCCAAGCGCAAUCGCACUGCCGAAUCUAGCGUACUUACAACAAAAAAGAAUAAUACUAAAUACGCUAUCUCCGAGCUGCCACUGCCCAGAUUAUCGAUUGUACCUGACGAGAGUACGCCGAGACUCCGACAGGCGGUCUCAUCUCGUUCAUCCGUAUCGAUCGCUGUACGCCUGUACUGCACUACUACUGCUGCAGUAUCCAGGCACAUUAUUAUCGUCCGUGACUGCUGUUGCUCUUAGUAUGUGAACAUUUUAUUUUAUUGUUCUUCUCCACUCUCCGGUCGUCAACUGGAUUUUGGUCAGUCAGUGACAUCGAAUCAAUCGCGACGCUUCGAGCUUAAAGUAUUCUCAAGUCACAUACCGACGUACAAAAUAACAUUACUUAUAAUAUGUAAGUCUAAGAACCGCCCGCUUCUUUCUCUGUUGGAUCGUCGCCCAAUAAGCCUAGUAUGCCUCACUCUAAUUCAUGGUUGAAUAUACAAUUCAUGGAGAAAAUCAAUUUGGUUUCAAUCUGACUGAUAAAUUACAAUAAUUCACAAGUGGAUUUAAAAUAUUUUUAAAGGAAUCAGAACAUUUGAAAACUAAGAUGUUCACUUUAUCAAAAUUAUCAUAUUUUCAAUGUCACGAAUUUCAAAAGUAUUGGUAUAAUACCACUCCAAAUAAUGUAAUUAGAAUCGAAAUCAAACAGUGUUGCGAAACCUUAAUGCUCUACAUAAAAGGCGAAAAAAAUAUUGACCGUCGAUCGGAUACUAAGACAUGUUUCAUUGCAGCAGAUUCUGGUCAUUUAGAUUGUUUAGAAUUAGCUCACAAAUUAGGCUUUGCAUGGAACAAAGAAGUCUGCUUGGCUGCUGCAAAAAAUGGUGAUAUGGAUUGUCUAAAGUUUGCCCAUGAGAAUGGUUGUCCGUGGGAUAGAAGUAUAUGUUACACUGCAGCAAAACAUGGUAAUUUGGAAUGCUUAAAAUAUGCUCAUGAAAAUAAGUGUCCUUGGGACAAAUAUACAUCCAACUGGGCUGCAAAUGGUGGCAAUUUUGAUUGUUUGGUAUAUGCGUUCAUAAAUGGUUGCCCUUGGGACGAAAGAACAUGCAUGUUGGCUGCCCAUAAUGGACAUUUUGACUGCUUAAAAUUUGCCCAUGAAAAUGGUUGUCCAUGGGCUGAAGACACAUGCAAAUGGGCUGCAAGUAGUGGACAGCUGCAGUGUUUAGUGUACGCUUUUAGCAAUGGUUGCCCAUGGACUGUAGAUACAUGUACCAAGGCUGCAACAAAAGGCAAUCUUGAAUGCUUAAAGUAUGCUCACACCAACGGGUGUGUUUGGGAUAAAAAAACAUGUACUAUGGCUGCCGCUAAUGGGCAUUUAGAUGUUUUAAUGUAUGCCCAUGAAAAUGGGUGCCCUUGGGAUGAAAGUACAACAUUCCGUGCAGCCGAAAGUGGACAUUUAGAUUGCUUAGUUUAUGCUUUUACUAAUGGAUGUUCAUGCGAUGAUAAAACGUCUAGUGCAGCUGGUAGAAAUGGGCAUUUGGAUUGUUUAAAGUAUCUGCAUGAAAAUAAAUGUUCUUGGGAUUCAUUUUUAACUUAUGGAUCUGCAAAAAAUGGGCAUUUAGAUUGUCUUCAAUAUGCCCAUGAAAAUGGAUGUCCAUGGCAUUCAGAAACAUGUUACAUGGCUGCAGUGAAUGGGCACUAUGAAUGCAUAAGAUAUGCUCGAAAAAAUGGAUGUCCUUGGGAUGAAAAAACACGUAGAUGGGCUGCCAAUCAUGGACAAUUUGAGGACUGUUUUUAAUCCAUUCAUGAAAAUCAGCUGUAAGAAUUUAAUUUUUUUUUAAUAACUAGAUAUUUUUAUUUGAUUUUGUAGCUACAUGGGUACCAUUAUGAAUAGUAUUAUAUUAGUACUAAUUAUUUAUAUAAAUAUUUACUAAGUCUGGGUAUGUUCAUCAUUAUAAACUUAUUUUAAUUAAUACAAUAAAAAAAAAGUUCAGUGACAUUUUUAAAUGAUUGCACUAUUUAAUAUUUUUUAAGUUUAAGUCAAUGUAAUAAUAUUGAAUUCUUGAGUUCAAAUUGUUUUUUUAUAUUUAUGUAUUUAUUUAUCUAGAUAUAUUAAAAUUUCAAUGAAUUUUAAA